AUGGCUGUGUAUGCCUCCCAACUCGGGGGUAAAGGCCCAUUUGCCAACACUGCUCCCCCUUCAGCGCCUGCACCUACAGCACCGGCUGGCACGUUUCUGCCCGGGACGAAAGUACAAGUGGGCAACCAUCGGGUCGUAAUUGAUCGCUAUCUCUCCGAGGGCGGGUUUGCCCAUGUCUAUGUGGUGUCAUUACCGCGCCCGAUAGACGGCAACCAGAAGGCGGUGCUAAAGAGAGUGGCAGUCCCGGACAAGGAACACCUUGCAAACAUGAGAACGGAGGUCGAGACCAUGAAGAGGUUAAGAGGCCACAAGCAUAUUGUGAAAUAUAUUGAUUCGCAUGCGUCUCAGCUGAAAGGUGGAGGCUACGAGGUGUUUCUUCUCAUGGAGUUCUGCCAGGGUGGAGGACUGAUAGACUUCAUGAACACAAGACUACAAAACAGAUUGACGGAGCCCGAGAUACUGAAAAUAUUCACCGAUGUGGCAGAGGGAGUGGCGUGCAUGCAUUACCUGAAGCCCCCGCUCAUGCAUCGAGAUCUCAAAGUCGAAAAUGUCCUUAUUUCCACGGAAGGAUCGUCAAGGAUAUACAAGCUAUGUGACUUUGGCUCUGCAGCCCCUGCCAGACCGGCUGCUUCAACGGCGGCCGAAGGCCGUUUGAUCGAGGAUGACAUAAAUCGCCAUACAACCCUCCAAUAUCGAAGCCCAGAAAUGAUUGACGUCUACAGGAAACAGCCAAUCGACGAGAAGGCUGAUAUAUGGGCGCUGGGCGUUUUCUUAUACAAACUCUGUUACUAUACGACUCCAUUUGAAGAGGCUGGACAAAUGGCGAUUUUAAAUGCUAGAUUCAAAUUCCCAGGAUACCCUCGAUUCUCCGACCAGUUGAAGCUACUGAUUGCUUCAAUGCUUCGGGAGCGACCAUCUGAUCGCCCUAACAUAUACCAGGUGCUCCAAAAAGCGUGCCAGCUAGAUGGCAGAGAGCUUCCUGUCCAGGAUAUCUAUACCCGGCGGACGCAGUCGGAGAACCGCAAGGAUCAAGUCCUCCCGACGCCCUCUGGCUCUCAAUCCAGAGCUGGUGCCACGUUAUCACCCCCAAGACAAGAUGCUGCACCAAGCAUUCCUCAAAUUGAACCUAUGCGCCGGGGACGGCCCACGAAGCCCCUUUCUCAUCAUGGAUCUGCCAAACCUAGCCCCUCGCCAUUAAGGAUGGUAGAUGGCACGGAUCCAUUUGCAGCACUAGAUGGGAAACCCUCCUCUGUUGAAGACGAGUUCUCGACACGUUUCCCAACAUUGGAUCAGUUUUCUCUGAUGACCGACAAGGGAAAGAAUUUCGCUUUUGAGCCCCAACAAGAGAAAAGGCAGGAAAGCGCGGAAGCAGAUUUGGCACAGAGGGUCACAAUGGCUCUGGCAGACGAUGCUUUUGCUCGCGCACCCAGCCCUGUCAAAGCCAGCACUCUUUCAGAGAGACCUAAAACCGCCGUCAAGUCACAGGCCGUGCUGCAACACAAGAAAUCUUUGGAAAGCAAAGAAACUCAGCCUCGAGCCAGCUUGCCCCCGGUCAAGGCCUCUGCAACUAGCAUGGUUUCCACUGGAACCAUGACUUCCCCAUCUCCUCCACCGACGACAUCAAUACCAUUCUCUGAACGUCCGAUACACCGGUUCCCAUCUACCGAUCAUCCUCCCAGGAGUUCCAGCCUCAACCAACCUGCCCCCCAGCCGAGUGUGCACACCCAAGUCAAAACGGGCUCUCGGCUUGCAAGCCUCUUAAAACAAGAUGCCCAUAGAUCACAGCUCGCGGAUGACUACGAACCACGGUCUCCGACAUCAUCUCGUCCGUCUUUGGAGGGCGGCCGCCCUACGACACGAGAUCUCAACUCAAGCGUGAGCCGCUCACGAUCCUUGAAUUUCAGAAAUCGUCCGGUAAGCGUCAAUAUCGGCGCAAGGCCCACCCACAUCAAGGAUAAAGAGAUUACUCGAUUGGAUUAUGAGACGACCUUCGCAAGCGCAGAACCGGAAAUGCCACCCUUGACACACUCUGAAUCUGCAACAAAUAUCGCAUCUGACGUUGACUUUUUGAAAGCCAGAGAAGAAGAGGAGAAAGAGCGAAAGCAGCAUCAUAAACGCUUGGGGAGCGGUACCAGACAUAUCAAACGCUCAAGCCUGCCAUCCAUGGGCAUUGCUGGAACUACGAAAUUGCUCGCCGGGAAGUUCGGGGACGCUUUUAAAAUGUUUGAGGGUAACAAUGACAGCCAUCAUCAAAGGCAGAGAAGCGAUUCUCCUUCACGCGACGCACUCAACAUGCUUACUCCUAUCGCUGGGUCCGAGGCUACCGAUCUCAGCAAUGACCGAGAGCCAUUUGACGAGACAGAAGAUCUUUCACCAGAGAUGAAACGCGAGCUGGAAAAGAGAAAAUUGGAGGCCGAAGAGCGAAGAGUCGCCAAUGCUGCUGCUGAAUACCGACAGCGUGUGGCAGCACGAGGUGGCAAUAGCCAACCUGGUGGUACAAUCAAAGCAGCAUCGAUUCAGAAUAGAGUGAAGUCACUACUGAACGAACAUGACAGGCCUGCACAAAAGACUGCAACUGGCUAUGGUCGUUAUACUGACUCUGCGACAUCGCUGCAGGAUAGACUAGAUGUCAAACGGCUAUCAGAUGCCUCUUCUAUUGAGGGUCCUGCAAGGGUCGAGCGGCACCCUCCACACGCUAUGUCUACACCUACAUCUACCACCGACUUGGCAAGAACACAGAGGCCUACAGCUCCUCCUAAACCCAAAGUACUCCGAUCAACUGUGCCUGAUGCGCUGCCAACCGCGAGUGAGGGUUCGGUUGCUACACACGUGGACGAAGACUGGGAGGCGAAUUUUAGCAAGAGAUACCCCAGCCUUGCUGGACUUGAGAUGGUGGAAACAUCCAUCACGGGGCCGAAGCCAUCGGUGGCAGUGAGAACGAAGGAGAUAUAA